GAGAACGAUCCGUUACCGCCACUCCAGAUACAAUCUUGAUCUUCCCGAGCUAACCGCAUCACCAAAAUCCCCGAAUUGACAUCUGCGCUAAUAAAUCAAAAUCACCUCGCGACAUGGCAAAAAUCCUCCUGCAGGUGACAGUCUUCGCGUUUUUGGCAUUGUCCGUUUCCGGACAGCCGAUAAGUCCGCAGGAUGUCGAAGGACUCCUGCCGCAGACUCCAAGGACGAAGAAUGAGACGGUCGCAGCUAUCAUCCAGGAUCCCGUCGUGAAGGACGCCGUGCAAUCGGUCGUCGGUGACGGAACGCUUUCCGGCCUUGUCGUCAAGAAGGACACCGUCAUCCUGCCCGCCAGGACACCGGACGUGGUCUUGUCUUACAAACAGCAGAUACUUAUGGCCCCCCUUUCCGACCUCGAGAACAUCCGUAAGAACAUCACGGAAGCCGCGACUCUCAAAGCAGAGGAGGAAAAAUCCGAGGACAAGGACGUCGAGGAGCUUGGAGUGGUCCAAGUAGUUCCUGUCGAUGAUCGGGAGUUUCCUGAUCCUCCGAUAAUUCGUCGCAGCGUCCCGGAACCGGAAAAGCAGGAAUCGACCGAUUCUUCUCAGACAAAGACCGAAGUUCACAAGUUGGAGAUUUCGGGCAUCGAAGAAAGCGCGAUCAAACUUCCCGAGGGAGUUUUCCCGGAGAAUAUCAGCCUGCCGGAGAUAGUCGAGGAUAAAAUAUCGGCCCCAGUUGUAGCGGUUGUGAGAGAAAAAAUUUUACCCGGUUCUGAAAAAUCCGUGCUUACUCUUUCCCUGGCUGCGCCAACGGAAUCGGGGAUUAAAAAAAGCGACACAACCGCCUGGGAGAAAAAGGAAAUUCCGGAAUACGGAGCAAGGAUUCCAGUCGCUGUAAUUAUGCCCGAGGAAUCGGAGAAUCCGCCGGUUGACAUCGAGGCUAGAAGCCAGGCGCCGAAGGAAAUUUUAGCAAUUUUCACCGUCUCCGGAGACGAAAGUUCUCUUUAUCAGAGCGAUUCCGGGGAUAUGGCCGUGGCCGAGGAUAUUAUCUUCAGGCCUCUUUUCCGCUAUCGCCAACAGCAGAACGACCGCACCAGAGUUUUGGAAAAUAGAGUGUAUUAUCAGAAAACUCCGUUGUACCGAGGAUACAGACCCCCGUACGAUUCGACCGGGGAUUAUGGGGCACCGUAUAAAUCCUACAGGAGACGCCAGAGACCCAGAUAUUAUGAGGAUUAUUGAUCGGCUCGAGUAUCGCGCAAUUUGGAGGAAAGAGAAGUGACAAAAAUUCGUUUUAAUCAAGACUGAAAUUUCCACCGAUAUUCGCUGAGACUUAAUUUAGAAAAAAAAAAAAAAAUAACAAUAAUCCAAAUUCCGUAGAAAUUUAUCCGAGCAAAGCAAUUAAGACUGUAAUUUGUACGCAUUUUC